AUGCCGACACUCGACCAGAUGGUGAAAGGCGCCCCGCCACCGGGCACUUCGGUCAACGACGUCGCCGCCUCGGCGCUCGCGCUCCCCCACCCCGUCCCGGACGCGAAGACGCGGCGCGCGCCGCUCAGUGACCCAACGUCGCUGCUGCCCAGCUCGCCGCCACAGAUCUACCUCAACCUGCUCAUCCUCGAGGCGAGCCUGCGCAGCCAGUACCUCACCCUGCGUGCGCGCCGCCGGCAGAACACGUUUGUGCUGACGCUGCUGGGCGUGUGGAUCGCCUUCUUCUUCUACCUGCUGUGGCUGCGGCCGCGCGAGGACGGCAAGGGCAUCGGCGGCAGUCAGUACUGGCUGCUCGACAUGCUGCAGAAGGUCGGCUUCAUCACCGGCGGCGUCACGGCGCUGCUCUUCUGGGCAACCGGCCAGUGGGAGCGCGGCGUGCGCUGGCCGCGGCGCUGGAUCGGCGUUGCCAACCGCGGCCUGCGCGGGAUGAACGCCAAGAUCGUCGUCAUCCGCGGCCCCUGGUGGCACGAGCUGGCCGAGUGGGCGCGCUUCCUGCUGCCCUUCAGCGGCGGCCUGUGGGGUGGCGAGCAGGGCGGCAGCAGCUAUCACUUCAUCAACGUCAUGCAGGAGAAGUCGCACGCCCUCGACUCGGGCCGCCCGCGCCAACGCAUCGUCGAGGACGGCAAGGAGUACGCCGAGGAGGACAUCGCCCCGGGCGGCGACUACAUCAAGCUCCUGCUGCUCCCCAAGCCCUUCACCCCCGACUUCAGGCAGAACUGGGAAAUGUACCGCACCGAGUACUGGGAGCGCGAGAACGAGCGCCGCCUCGAGCUUAGAACGCGUGUCCGCGCCCGCCAGCGCGAGAUUGCGCGCGAAGAAGGCGGGAUGCUCUGGUGGACUGGCUGGCGCGGCUGGAAGCGUGCGAGGGGCUUCUCGUCGCGCGCCGACGUCGAGAAAUCAAGCCACAGCCACAGCCACAGCCACAGCCACAGCCACAGUCACAGCCACAGUCUGAGCGCGAGCAGCUCUCACCGCCGGCGCAGAACGAGCACGCUCACCCACGGCAUGGACGGCAGCCACUCGCGCACGUCGAGCCGCAGCUCCACCCCCGGGCCAGACGACGAGCGUCUCCGUCCGCUGGAGAGCAGGGAGCGCAGAUGGAGCUCCAGCACUGCGGGAUCCAGCCGCUCGACCUCGGCGCCCAGAGGGAAACCAGUCACGCAGGGCACUGCUGCGUCUGCGCGCCAGCCGCCCUUGAGACCGCAAAUGCCCGGUGCCACUGGGAGCGGGAAUCGAGCGGGGACGCGCACCAGCAUGCUCAGCAACGCGUCCAGUCUCAGCGAGAUGGAGGACGGAUACGAAGCCACCAACGAGAGCAAGCCGCGGCCGCAGCUAAGGCGGAAGGGCAGUCGCGAGAGCGGGAGUGGGAGCGGGAAGGAGGCCGCGAGUGCUUGA